GGCCAACCAGAUCACGAAGGAACUACCACUUUUUGGAGAAUUUGGUGUCCCAGUUUCCGGAAUUAGGGCCAAGAAGAGGUUGCCUGCCAAUUGUAUUCCCGGGCAACACAGUGUCUACGCCUCGCAAGAAAGGAACUAUUGGAAUGCGGCUUGA